AUGGCGGUUGCUAUAGAGAUAACAAUGACAGUGUCUGCUCUGGCGGUACUUUUGAGUAUUAUCUUAAAUGGAUUAGGGAUUCUCGUGUUUUCUAGGUGUCGAUUGUUGGUUUUACAAAUCAGGUUGAUUUUACUCUUCAUUACAGUACAUUCGUUCUUUAUUAGCUGUAUUUUUCCUGUGGUCAUGGUUGUAGACUACAAUACGUAUCAUAUAGUUCCGUGCGCUUUAAAGAGCAUAUUAUGGGCCGGAUAUCGCAUAGUGCCCGUUGUCUUGACAACCGUUUUUGCAUUGGAUCGACUAGUGUCGGUCGUUUGGCCAUUAUCUUACCAGCGUAAUAGUACCAAAAAGUCGGUUUUGAUAAUAUGCAUAUCUUUGACGCUGGUCCUCUAUGUUAUAUUUGGUCUGUCGUUCAAUAACGACAUAGAAGUAAAUGAAGGAAUCUGUUCCACUUACUUACACAUGAAUGAAUUCGGAUUACACUCCAUGGUCAUGAUUUUCGCAUCAUCGGUUUUGUUGACCACUGUUUCUUAUGCUGUCAUUUUCUACCAAUCAAAACGGUAUCUGUCAGCCACAAGCUUUACGUCCACAGACAAUCUCUACAAUACCUUCCGAAUGUCCUUCCUCAUCUGUGGGGUUACCUUUGCACUCUACAUGAUAAGUAUUACAUCUUGUGCCUCUAGCGUCGCCCUCUGGUAUGAUAAGAACAAUCAGAACAUUUUCAAUGUGUACUUGGUGUGUUCCAUCUUAUUGAUUACAAUAAUUUCCAUAAAUCCGCUAUUCUACAUCAGUAGAUUUCGUGAAAGCCGAUUCCAUGUCAUGAAACUUCUGUGUUUAUUCAAGAAAAAUACAGAACGUAUGGAAUCUAUGCUUCGUUUGGAACAAGCAGGUAUUCCACUACCAUCCCAUAAUUGUGCACGAGCAGAAAAAACAUUGCAACACAUUGCCGAAGUCGAUUCUAAAGUUGCCUUCGUCCCAAAUAAUCCUAUUUUUGUAAUAUCUACAUAA